CAUGGUGUCCUGAAGAUCAUGUUCGUAUCAGAAGAAGAGUGUAUGUAGAGACACUAUUCUCGAACCCAAUUGAAUUGAAUAGGGAAGGAAGAGCGAGAGGUGCGGAAAAUCCCAAGGGGCUCCCCGGCACGGAAUUUCAGGGACCGUUGUGUCAUCACGGUGUUAUGGGAUGAAGCGCUCGCCGGGGGGCAUGAUGUGUGCUGGCUGGUUAUCUUUUCUUUUAACACCUACAUGCUGUCAAAGCAAACAAUGUUCCCUUGGAACAGCUCCUGAGGAAGCGGGAGAGAAUGUAUGGAUUCCUUCUUUCCAGCAACUCGAACUUUCAAAGAAUGUCGGCUCCUGGUGCUACGAGUCCGAGUGCGAGCCCCGGAGAGAUCUGGAUGAGAUGUGCCGCGUCCCCUUUCAUCGACAUGCAAAUGAUUCAAUCACUCAGAAUCCAACGCAAGAUGGGAAGCCGAGGCGGGUAUGAUGCAAUCUAUAUUCUCUCGUUCACUUCUCCAAGUACAUCUCACAUCUCGAUGCAAGCCGCAAACGCAAAUGCCUCGCCUCCACCACCCUCCCUCAAAAAACCAACAACAGAAAAAAGACAUAUCCGACCAUUUAUUUGUACAGGUUCAUCCUCCCUCCCUUCCUUCCAUCCAGCCAUCACCGCGACUGGUUCACCACCAUGCAAAAUGCAAGUUCACUCUCGACUCGAACUUAGAGACCAUAUGCUCCACCCGCAUCAGCAGAGAGCACGCUGGUCCGACAAUGCUACCACCACCCUUGUUUCCACCUCCGAUGAUUAUGAAUCAUCAUCUCACACAUUCGACAUGCAAAGAAAAAUCCAGGCAGUAAAUGCCAUCACACACCCGAACAUCGAUUCAGCAAACACAAGAGAUCAUCCAAGCCCCGAGAUCGUAACCGUCAUGAAGAAACCCCCCGAGCCCCAAGCAAGUAAGACGCAACACAAAAGAUAACAGCAGCUGACCCGUGUGAACAGGAGAGCAAAAACAGCGCAAGGCUAUGCAAUAAAGUUCAUACAAGAAAUGAGGCCGACCAGACCAGACCAUGAAGCGAAGACAGAAGAGUGACACCAAGGACCUUAUAUCGGUUGCUGCAUCAGUUGGUGGUUGCUGAUGAGUUGGCUGGGAGCCGCCAUGCCGGAAUUUGACAUGCUCAUCGUCAUUUGCAGACCGUUGAAGGAGCCGCCCAUGUUGUUUGGAAGGUAGCCGUUCUCGGAGUUCGGGGACGCUUCCUCGAGGGACCCGAGGUGGUCUUCGCCUUCGUAGUCUUCUUCUUCACCACUGUAGCUGCCGUAUGGGCCCUCGGAUCCGUCACUGCGAUCGUGUGUUCGGCGAUGU